AUGCCGCAACCAAGGAAACGCGCUCGUCGGUGUCCUCGGCUAGACGAUGACGAGGUAAAAGAAGAAAUGCGACAACUAUACCAGGUACUACUAUUGAAGCCGGACGAAAUCGCCGCAGAAAUAAACAAAAAUUACAACUUAGAAGCCACACCAAAUCAGGUCCGCGAUAAGAUCAACAAGCUGGGAUAUAAGAAGCGACUUGGCCCACAGCAGAGCGAGGCAAUAUAUAGAAAUGUCACCAAGCGAGCCAAAAUCGGUAAAGAGUCAGAGGUUAUCAUCGAUGGAGUAAUCACAAUUUCCGGGAAGAAACUUCAAAGAUCUUUGGCACGAAACCUCAAUGCCACCAAGCAAUAUCAUAUAUCUCAAGGAAUUGGGGAUGAUAUUACGCCUUUCGAGUUACCCGGAAAUAUUCAAAUCUGUACCCCAAAGGCCUCAGGCUUGACAUUGACUCUCAAGACUGCCCCGGGAUACCGAUACAUCCCACUCAAAGUUCUAUACAAGCUACCUAUUUGGCAAUUCAGCCACUUUCUCGACAAAGUCGACCUUCGAUUUCAACACCCCGGUGUUCACACCAACAAUCGGGUCAACGAAUUCCAGCUUCAAGAGCCACUCAAAAGGCUACUAAAAAACGACACUCCCUCAAUCAAGGCAGUAUGCGAAGAACUUCUCCCCUUUCUCUACAUCAGGCGGGAAGUUGCAUUGAUAGAGCUUAUUUGCGAUACGCAUGGCACCCAAUUGGAACGCUACGAUGUAGCUUAUAGGUUUUGGCGUGCGGAGAGUCUAGAGCGGGGGCAAAUAUAUCUCUGGUUGGAUGCUGUUCUUGAGGAUAUCGAAAAAACAAAUACUCUACCUAAAUCACACAGAGAUCUUGACAUACUGUUUGAUUUAUGUCAUUAUAUCCGAGGAGAGAUGCGGCUCUUUAUGCAGAUGUGGGAUCGAAGGGAGUUUCCUAAUUUUAUAUCGGAGAUGGAGAAGUAUCUCGGACCCUCCAAUACCCCGCUUCUCACGGACAACCCGGACAAACUGGAAGAAUUCCUAGAUCUAGGAUUAACCAGACAUCGAUCGGCUUUGAUAAUCGAGGCUAUAUUAUGCGACGAUUGCGACGUAGCAAAAAUUUUCCUAGGGAACUCAAACUUAAGAUCGGGUAACAAAGAUGAUAUAUCACGUUUUAAGCCUAUGGAUGAGAUGAGUCAAAAUAAUAUGUGGGCAAAGGUGGAUAUUUCUACAUUUCAUCGACUUGUGUCCCGAGUUGUGGGCUUCGAGGUGAUGCCACCCCACGAGAAACAGUGUUUCUUGUAUGAACGCGACCAGGCCUGGAGACGGGAUAUGCGUGAUUGCGGUGCAUCUGACCCUCAAAUAGCAGAUGCAGACCUUGAAGAUUUUACCUACAAUAUAAAUAAAACACUUGUUCUAGCGGCCUGCCGACAUCCAAAAAUGGUGGAUUAUGUUUUGCGGGUGAUGAAGUGGGCGAACCCUUCACUCACCGAGCUCGAGGUAGUCAGCACGGCUGUUGAUCUGAUACCACUUUGGAUGAAGAAUCAACCAAAACGAACAUGCGGUUGUACAAAAAUGUAUGACUAUCAGAAUCCCUUCCCAAGGCAGGAAAACCAUUGGCCUCGGGACCCCCGUUUCUUCCCACAUGCUCUGAACAGAUUUCUUCGGCUUGGUAUAGACCCAAAGGGAACCAAGCUAUGGCGAAACCUUAUCUGGGAAUAUUUGGAUAAAGACGAAAUGGAGUGCGGAGCGAAUAAAUACAAGGACAUCCUAGCUCAUUUCGAGACUUUUCUAGGCUGCGGCCCGAAUAUCAUCAACAAUGAUAUCGAAUUUCCCUCAGCAACCUUAGCUCAGAAAUACUCAGAUGUCUUCAGCGUUCAGAAUCACACAUCUCUUAAGCCGAUAGAGGCUGCCUUAUUUUUACCGAGGCCCGAAGCUUUUAUGCUACUUUUGAAAUACGGUGCAUUGAUGCCUGAAAACUUUUUGACGACGGACAGAAAUCUUCUCACCAAGUUCGUUAUUAAUGGCGAUUUUAUCCAGGCAUCCAGUAGGUAUGACUUAAAGUCUGUCGAUGACCUUUGGCCUUAUCGCAUAGAAGCUGCCGACGCAAUUGAAAAGGAUCCAUUCGCCACUGAAAAACGUCAAAUUGAAAUUCAUCUGAAAAAGGAAGAGCUGGCCGCUGCCACCAACCUCUCAUUGCGGUCGCAAAACCCAUUUUUCCUUAUUAAAGUCUUUCUCUCUAUUUCAAGGAUUGCGAUAAAUCGUAAAGUAUACGAGCCACUUGACUUAGAGCUUCUUCGGACCCUUUUCAACACAGGUAUUUCACAAAAUCUUGAAAAGAUUGACCUAAACAGUCCUGAUUUUGAGGAAUAUAACCGAAAAUAUGGGCAUGUCCUUCACGGCGCGAUAAUUUAUGACACCGUUGAAAUCGUUGAUAUUCUCUUAGAAUAUGAAAAAGAGCUUAAUCUUCGAGAACACGCACAUCGCAAUCUUUCAAGCGGUGAGUUCCUGACCCACUGCCCUUUUCGCGAAAGGAACUACAAAUACGUACCCCGCGCCGCUGAGUGUAGCAUCCAAGCUCUAAAAAGCUUGAUUGCGCACGGAUUCGACAUAAACGGAGGUAUUUGUGGAUGUCCACCAGAUAUAUCGGGUUCAGAUAGAGUGGAAACGGCUUUAAGCGCAGCCAUAGAAAGUGGCGACAUGGAUAAAGUCGUUUUCGUCCUUCAAAGCGGCGUUGGUAUAUAUGCGCCUUGCGGCAAUAUAUAUAACCUCAUGUCAGGUAUCGAAUAUGCCGUCGCGGUGGGCCACCUAGAUGCGACAGCACUGAUUCUGUCAAUAGAACCUACUUGCUACCCCCUAGCACUAAAAGCUGCGGAAGAGAUGUCACGUGGUUACAUGAAAACCUACGUCCGCAAUUGGAAACCUGACCUAGACGAUACCACCCCCCUUUCGGGCCAGAAUCUGAGCAUGGACUUGGAAUAG